AUGAUUCAAAGGCCACUGUGCAAUGCAGAAACAAGUUCUUCCUACUUUCCUAACACUUUAAAUACCAGCCAACGCAGAUUUUCUCCUCAAAUUAGCUGUAAAAUCAGUCAUUAUUGCCGCAGUCCUGGAAAUAUGCAACUUUUUGAGACUUUACUCCACCGGAUCGCUUUCCACGUUAGAUAUAUCUUUCCUUGCAAGUAUGUGUUAGGUCAAAGCAAAUGCUAUGAUGGCCAAAAUUUGUCCAAGGAUGAUCUGAACGAAAGGUCAGAUUCAUUCCAGUCAGCAUAUUCGGGGAAUUUCCAUUGGCUUGGAAAGAUGGUGCAGGCAUUUCUUUCUUGUGUGACAACCGGAAAUGUCAAGGUUCAGUGGAACGUCUGUCACGCAUUGAGCAAUUUAUUUUCCAAUAAGACUUUGAAACUGCAAGACAUGGAUUGGGCUCCUUCUGUUUUUAGUAUCCUCUUGCUGCUGCUUCGUGAUUCUUCUAAUUUCAAGAUCCGGAUACAAGCUGCUGCUGCUCUGGCUGUUCCAGAAAGUAUAAAUGUGCAACAAUUGUUGAACCGUGUUACUAAACUCCUUUCUUUGCCUAUAUAG